AUGUUUUUACAGUUAACAGUAAGUGAAUGGCCGCCGACAUGUUUGGGGCCACUUCGUCUCGCUGGACAUAUGGAUACACGUUGGCUAAGUGUUACUGCACGUAUCUAUCUUCGGGGAUUGUGCAAGAAGGCACAGUCGUUGAUGGCUUCAUUCGGCAAAGGGGAAAGCGAUCGUAGCGUGAUGCUGUAUGACCAGAAUAAGUGCUGCUUGAACGAUAAAUUCGCCGAAUACAUUAAGGCCAGUAGGUAA